AUGACCAGCUUAAACACGCCCAAUGAAGCCUCUACAGUUCCCGAAGCCAACUCCGCUCCUACCAUCGAGUCAGUCUAUCGCAGCCUUGCAACCUACUCAUUCGGCACCGACCAAGAAUACCAGGCCGGGCUUGCAACCAUCCUAGGCCACCCUGAGACACCGGUGACACAGGAAGAGCUGGCCGAGAAGUCUGAUUUGAUUCUACAAGCCCAAUGUUUUUUCUUUUCGAGAAAGUAUAAUCUCCCACCCGUGGACCCCAGCGCAUACUCCUCCUGGCUUCGUUCCCAUCCCCAACCACAAAAUCAAUCCGCCGCUACCGCACCGUCAUCCAUCACCUCAACAGAUACAAGCCCAGCCGGAUCUACGUCCACGUCUACGUCUACAUCCAACACCGAACCGCCUUACCCCACCUCUUUUGCUGCCAUCGUCGACUUGAUAACGCGCAAUAUACCUGUACCGGGAAUUGAAGAAAUACCCAACACCGUCCUAGAACCGGGUUCAAGCAAAGUCGAUAAAACCCCUCGACGGAAGAAGCCAUGGGAAAAGGAUACGGACGCAGAACCAUCCCAAGAAGCCUCGAACUCAUCUGCUAGCCGUGGUGAAACUGGGCAAGAUAAGAACAAAGCAGAAACAGAGGUUAUCGAUGUCAACGGGUACAAGGAGACAGGGCAAGGCGUGGUAAAUAUUUUGAAGCCCAACGCUGUGCCUGAUAGUGGGCUCUUGGGUAAAGAUUAA